CUAUUCAGCUCUAAACGGGUCGUCACCAUGGAGAGAGCUUGCUGCAAAGAAUUAUUUUAUAUUUCGAUUUUGUGUUAUUAACUUAUUGAAGUAUCGUCUCAAAUAUGUCUAUAUUAUCACGAGCCAUCAUAUUCGUUUAAUAUUACCAUUAAAUUGCGAUGUAUUGUAACUGAUUCCUCAAAAUAGAGGGAAUAACAAAUUUUAUAACAUAUUGUUUUCUAAACAUUUCAGAAUGAAUGGAGGAAUGGAGCACAGAACUCCAGGUCACAAUGCUGUGCUUCAUAAAGCACCAAGAAACUACAAAUUGCUCAUGGACCCAUUCCUUGUGAAGGGAGCAACAAAAUUAUAUAGAUAUGAUGGUUUGGUUCCGGGAGACACAACAUAUCCUCCUGUACAGUGCCGAGACCCCAGGUCUCAGCUAUCCAGGAUAUGGAAUAGACUGGAACCAGCAGAUUUGCCUGUCCCUAGGUUUAAAAUUGAUAAAAAUUACAUAGGAAUACCUCCACAGAUAGAAAUAACCAUAGGAAAUUUGAAUGAUAAUAUUGAUAAAGCAUUUUUGGCCGACAUGAUGAACAAGGUUGGCCCGUAUGAGGAAUUGACAAUAUUCUACCACCCAAUAACAAACAGGCACCUAGGGUUUGCAAGAAUAGUGUUUCAAGAUGUGAAAUAUUCAAAACUCUGUAUAGAGAAAUAUAAUGGAAAAUCUGUCAUGGGUCAGGUGCUAGAGGUGUUCCAUGAUGCUUUUGGUAAGAGAUGUCAAGAGAUGUUUGAGAAUAAGACAAUGGAGAGAAGGCCGCUACCCAUCCCAACAUCAACAAAAGCCCCCAUUGUAGAAGAUGUUAGAUUGCAAAAAGUUGACCCCUCACUCAGCAAGAGAUUAGAAGACACCAAGCUUACAGAUAAAGAGCCAUACACCCGUUACAAAGAUUUGGAGCACAGUGAAAGCAAUCCGCGAUGGUCGGACGAGGAACGCGAAUACCGACACCGCCACCGCAGCAGGAGUGAGCGUGAAAGGGAUAAGGAGCGCGACCGAGACCGAGACCGAGACCGGGAUCGGGAUCGGGAUCGGGAUCGAGAUCGAGAUAGGGAUAGGGAGAGAAGACACAAGGAGCGGUACAGCCGCGGCACGAGCGAGGCGGGCGACGCGGCGUACGCGACGUCGAGUCACGCGGCCGAGCUCGCCUACCCGCCGCCCGCCGCGCCUGCGCCCGCGCCGGCGCCCGCGCCCGCGCCCGCCGCAGUGCCCUACGACCCUUACUACCAGCAAGGUUACGGCGCGUACAGCUACCCGCCGCCCAGCGCGACGCCCGGCGGCAGCGGCAUGUGGUGGGGCGACUGGCGACACACGCACCACUCCUCGCACCACUCGCACGAGACGUCGCUGGAGGCCAAGAGCAUUGAGCCGGUGGAGCCGCGGCCGCCUGAGGACACUACCGACAGCAAGGAGCCCGACCCCAAGCCGCCCCCGCCCGCAGAAGAACCGAAAAACGUCGACCUCGACACUAGAAUAGCGAUGUUACUGAAGGGCGCAAGCGGCGGCGGAGGGCUGGCCCCUCCGUUCCUGGCGCUCGGGAUGUCGUCAGAGGAGGAGGACGACGACCGCCUGCCCACGAAGAUACCGGACCUAGAUGUACACAACCCGCCUAGCGAUGACGAAGUUUCAGGUAGCGAAGACAGAGAGAGUAUAAUAUCGAUGAAUCCGAAAAUAGAAAUGGAUCCAGAGCCGCUUUCAAACACGCCGUCGCCGUUCCUGUCGCGGGAGUUCUACAUCGAAUGUCUCAAAAUUACUGUGGAAAAGCGUGCAAAAGAACAGCGCAAGAAAAUUCCUGAUAUCGAUAAAAUCGGUUCCGAUAUAUCGUCAUCGGAGGACGAGUUGUUAACGGGCGAGGAGCCGAAACGGUCGCCUGUGGUGCCACUUAACGACGAUCGUGACCAGGACAAUCUUGACGAUGAUCAGAUGUCGCUGUCGUCGUUGUCGUCAACGGAAGCCAAGAUCGAGGAGCAGGUGCCGGCCGAAGGGUAUUACUACGCGCCCCAUCCGCACUACUAUCAAACAAUGUGGCCGCCUACAGCGUACCCCGCGGCGGCGUACGGCGCGCCCGCUCCGCUCGCGCUCGCGUACGGCGGCGGGUUCGCGCCACCGCCCAUACUGCCGCACCCCUACCAGCACUACCCCGACACCAAGGAGCCCGCACAGGAAUGUGACAAUCCCUACUAUCCAACUAUAAACAACGUGAUAGAACGCGUGACGUCAGAACUGAAGCAGAUACUGAAGAAGGACUUUAACAAGAAGAUGAUUGAGAACACGGCGUUCAAAAGUUUCGAGUUGUGGUGGGACGAGCAAAGCAGGAAGAUGCGUCAGACAGCCAAACCCAAAGAGGACACAAAUCAACCUCUGCAGGAUAUCUCAAACAAGAAAGAAGAGGCAGUGGACUCGAUAAAAUCGAUAAUGGAGUCGCGGGAGCUCGGGUUAGAUCUUGGUGGUUAUGGGGUGGGGAUUGGUUUAGGUCUCCGGGCCGCCAUACCCAAGAUGCCCAGCUUCAGGAAAAAGAGAAAGAUACCUUCACCUGUUCUCAUGGAUGAGGACUCUUCCAAGAGACUGAGUGAUCAGGAGGAAAUGGUCCAGAACUCGGAUGAAGAGAAGGAGGUACCGACGAGUCCGCGCAGUAGGACGACGGGCUCGUACCUGUCGAGAAGUAGGAGGCGGCAAUCUAGUAGUUCGUCCAGGUCGUCGUCAUCAUCAUCGAGCCACUCGUCGUCAGAGGAGUCGGAAGUGGAGCGCAAGGGCCCCGCGCCAAGGAUAUACUCCGACACAGAUGACGACUCAGAACUCGAUGAGGCUGAGUUCAAGGUGGUUUCGAAUAAGGAGCGGUUAAGGCGAGUGUAUUCGUCAUCAUCAGAUAGCGAAGAAGAAAGCAGGAUGAGAGAGAAAACUCCAAUACCUCCGGUAGAAGCUUCGGACACGGAAGACAGGCUCGGUUCGCCGAUACUGUCGCCCGAGGGACCGAGGGACUUAUUACUCGACCGAGUCUAUUCGGAUUCGGAGGAGGAGAGAGAGUACCAGGAAAGAAGAAGACGCAACACAGAAUAUAUGGAACAGAUAGAAAGGGAAUUCCUCGAAGAACAGAAGAAGAAAAUGGAAGUGGAUACACAACCGCAGCCAGACAAACCGCCUGACGAAAGUAAACCCGAGAGCAAACCCGACGAGCCCAGAAGUAGUCCAGUCAAGAACCAUCUGAAGUCACCAGAGAAGAAACUCGACACUGAAGUAGAAGACGGCGAGAUUACUUCCGAAGAGGAGACGCUGAAGACGCGGCGGAAGAAAGAGCGCCGGUCCAAGAAGAGCGAGAAGAGACAGAGGAUCGUGUCGCUGAGCGAUCAUAGUAACAACGAGACCACUGUCAGCGUUAAUGGGGUUAAGGAGACCAGCAGCGCGGUGUCGGAGACAUCGUCACCGCAGUCUCAAGCGUCGCAAGCGUCGCAGGCGUCACAGGUGGCGCUCGACCACUCAUACUGCCGCCCGCCGCCCACGCGCGAACCCACGCCGCCGCUACCCAACGCCAACCACCUGCAGCACGACCAUGGUUACACGUGGAUGGCGGAACCAGAGAGUGCAUCCCCCAUAGAGGAGCCACCACUCAAGAAGGAGACGAAACGGCCGUAUAAGAGGAAACACGAGACCAAAAAACUAGCAGAGAUACAAAACAAAUUGUACGAGAGCACGGGCGCAGGCGCGGACGCGGUGGCGGCGGCGGGCGCAGGCGCGCUGUUCAAGCCGCGCGACAUCAUGGCGGAGAUGACCGUGAUGUACUCGUUCCUGACGCGCGGCAUCGACCGCGAGGACGCGCAAUUCCUGCGCCGCGCGUACGAAGCGCUGCUCGCCGAGGAUGCGCACGGAUACUGGCUCAACGACACACACUGGGUCGACCACCCGCCCACAGACCUCUGCUACGAUCCGCCCAGGAAGAAGUCCAAGCGGCACAACAAUAUAUAUGAGGAUUUGCAGGGUCACUCGAGUGGGUCGGCGCGCACGGAGGGCUACUACAAGAUGGACGCGCGGCUGAAGGCCAAGUACAAGUACCACCACGGCCGCACCGCCGGCGCUGCGGCGCUGCACGCGCCGCCCGACGACAAAAAGGCCUCCAAGAUGCAGCUGCUCUCUAGGGAGGCGCGCUCCAAUCAGAGAAGGCUGCUCACCGCAUUCGGAACGGACACCGACUCAGAUCUGUUGAAAUUCAACCAGUUGAAGUUCAGAAAGAAGCAGCUGAAGUUUGCAAAGUCUGGCAUUCACGACUGGGGAUUAUUUGCUCAGGAACCGAUAGCGGCAGACGAAAUGGUGAUAGAAUACGUGGGGCAGAUGAUCAGACCGAUCGUGGCGGACGUACGCGAGGCUCACUACGAAGCAACUGGCAUCGGAAGUUCGUACUUGUUCCGCAUUGACCUCGACACCAUCAUCGACGCCACUAAGUGCGGAAAUCUCGCCAGGUUCAUUAACCACAGUUGCAAUCCAAACUGCUACGCGAAGAUAAUAACGAUAGAGUCACAAAAGAAAAUUGUAAUAUACUCGAAGCAGCCGAUCGGCGUCGACGAAGAAAUUACGUACGACUACAAGUUCCCUCUGGAAGACGAGAAGAUCCCGUGCUUGUGCGGAGCGCCGCAGUGUCGCGGCUUCCUCAAUUAGACCAUCCACAUUGCAUUAGUGUACAGUCUACUGCGGGUCAUAGAUUCGAGAGCUACUGGGACCGUACACAAUAUGCCUUUCUACAAUCUUUAACGCUAAUAGAAGACAAAAAGUAUGGUAAACAUAUUCUAGCGAUAGACUUAUCGACUGUAGAAAGUCAUCUUGUCUAUGGCUUCUGGACUCAUUUCUUCCGUACCGAUUGUAUAAGCCUUUACAAGUCAGUGUCUAACCGCAGUAUGCUUGAGUGCAGCUGGUUAAUUAUUUUCAGUUUGAUGCUCAGUUUAUAAAUAGACAAACAAAAUAAAAUAAAUCCUUAUACACAAAUUUAUAAUCAGACAGAAAUUAACUGUGAAAAUGUUCGAUCACUCCAAUGCCUUAAUCAAAAAGAAUAAAGCUGAGAACACAAAAUAACUAUAUGGGUAUAAACUACUUCGAAUCGAAUUCUUUGUGUAAUGGAAUCUCCGGUAUGAAUGUACAUACAUAUAUGGUUUGCUGUUACCCUAAAUAAAUAUGAAAUAAGUAUAUUGCCAGUGAAGAGAAAAUAAAUUUGGAGUAUAUUUAUUGUCUAUAUAAAUACGUUAUGGCGAAAUUGUGUUCCUAAGUAAGUAAUUGAUAAAAUAAAUUUUGUUGAUAAAAUAAAUGUCGACUAUUAUACUGUAAUUCUCGAUGAGAUUGUUUUAAAACUGCGUUAUUAAUAAAACGAAUAAAGCAGUGCGCGAGUGCAUCAUUGGCUUAUUCCUUCAUAAUAAAGGUUGUAUCGAUUGACUGUGAAUGUUGUACCAUAUUAUACCAUACGCGUGCGUUCUAUAAGCAAAUGUCAUAAUCGGCGCGGCGUCUACUAGCGUGUAAGUGGUUUUCAAAAACUGCCUCAAAUUAGAAAGUUAUCGAUAAUGUAUAAAGAUGUGUGUUUGUGUGAAUCUAAUGGUAUCGUUUUGUAUUUAAUGCGACCCAGUGCAACUGUUAAUGUAAUUAUUAACUUUUUGUAUUAUAUUAUGAUAUUGUUUUGACUGAGUCUUAAAGAUAUGAAUCACUAGGCAUAGAAUGUCAAUAAUAACUUGGUGUAUCAUUAUUAUUUUGUGCUGUAUAUUAUUUGUGUAUAAAGAUCUCUGCCGCCACGCCACCAGCCACACUUACGUAGUACACUUGUCAAGUACACCCGUAAUAUGUUAUGACUUUGAUUUCGUAAGCGAUUUGCAAAUGUUUAUUUCGUGUUCGAAGACUAUUGUUUAAAUGCAUAAAAGUUUUGAGAUAAGGUAUUAGUAUUAACAAUUGGUAGAUAUGCUCGCGGUCUGUCUAAAUUCCACGUCACAUUGUUUUAUGUAAAAUGUAUAAGUUUGUAAAUAAAAUAUUCCAACAAUUUUA